GGUGGCACUGACUGGCACUGAUGGGUGACAUUGAAAGGCAGCUCAGAUGGGCACUGAUACGUGGCAUUGAUGUGCACUGGUAUGCACUAUGUGGCAUUGAUGUGGCACUGAUGGGCACUGGCACGUGGCACUGAUGAGCACUGACAGGUGGCACUGCUGGGGCUACACUGAUCAUCAGGGCACACUGAUCAUCAGUGCCCUGAUGAUCACUCGAGAGGAGAGAAAUGCCGAUAACCGGCAUUUCCAUGUUUACAUAUGAUCAGCUGUGAUUGGACACAGCUGAUCACAUGACCGA